AUGAUUCAAAAAUGUCUUUAUUGCCUGAUUUUGGUUCAGUUCAUUUUCUCUGAAGUGACUCGUCUGCCAGAAACAAUUAUACCAGUCAAGUAUUCUUUGAAGUUAACAGUUUAUCUAGAUGGAUAUAUAAAUCUGCCAACUGAUAAAAAUCAAACUUUUGAAGGUGUCGUGGAGAUUGAUCUAAAUAUCAAGGAAAAUGUAUUACAAAUCACUUUUAAUUCAUUUGAAUUAACUUUUGAAAAAGAAGAUUGUGAACUAUUUGAUGAUUCAGGAAGAAUUGAUAUUUCUGAUUUGAAAAAAACGCAAGAACUUUCUACAAUAUAUUUCAACGGUACAAUUUCUGGAGAUGCUAUUAUCAAAAUAAAAUAUACAGGCAAUUUCUCAAAGGUACCUUUUGGCUUAUACAGAGAUCGAGUAGUUUAUUCAAAACCGACUUUAAUAAGUCAAUCAUUCCCCUUGACUCACAUGAUCGUACCAUGUUUCAAUGAACCUUGGAUGAAAGCUGUUUGGGAAGUUGAGAUAACUCAUCCUGUUGGAAGUGUUGCUCUUUCUAAUACUCCAGAAAAACAAAUCGUUUAUUCUUCACUCGAAAAUUUCAAAACUACACAGUUCUAUGCGACACCAAUCAUGUCACCGUAUCAAUUAGCAAUUAUUAUCUCAGAUUACAAAUAUACAAGUGGUUAUUCAGAUUCAGGAACUUUGGUGCGAGUAUUCGCUCCAUUAAAUAAACUAAACAAAACGAAUCAUGCUCUUCAAGUUGCGAUAAAUUCACUAAACAAAUUUGAGAUAACAUUCGAUAUUAAUUAUCCACUUUCAAAAUUAGAUUUGUUUCCGGUCAAAACAUUUCCAGCGUCGGCCAUGGAAAAUUGGGGUCUAGUUAUUUUCCAGUAUGUUUUUAUUCUAUUUUAAUUUCUGUAUUUUAUGAAACAACAACUCUAACUCUAUAAAAUGAAACUUUUUGUGAACUUUUGGUCUUUUCAGGGAAUCGUCUUUGAUUGGAUACGAUUUGAAAUCUAUGGAAGAAGUUGUGAUUCAUGUAGUUGCUCAUCAAUGGUUUGGAAAUCUUGUGACAAUGGCUUGGUAUAAUGAUUAUUGGUUGAAUGAAGCAUUUGCAACGAUAUAUGAGACAGAUUCUGAAAAUGUGAGUUUCAAAAAAACGCUAUUAAUAUAUUAACAUACAUAUGUAUGUAUUCGAGGAUUUUUCGCUGAAAUAUUUUCAGAAACAACUUUAUGAUUACUAUGAAUCUUACUCAAGCGACGCCGUUGAUUCUCCACUCAGAUAUUUGAAUACAAAUAAUAUGUGGAUCCAGUUUACACAGCCAAAUGAUCAAACAGUUUAUGUCAAAGGUUCUUUAGUUUUAAAUAUGUUGAAAAAGGUUAUUGGAACUUGGAGAUUCAGAAAAGGAAUUCGAAGAUACUUGAAAGAGAAUUCUUACAAAUCAGUGAACACCCAGAUUCUCAAAAGUUAUUUUGCUGAUUCAAUGCCAGAAAAUAGUCCAAAUAUUGAUGAUUUUUUGGAUCCAUGGGUAGAACAAGUGGGACAUCCAUUGAUUAUUGUUAAACAUUUUAAUAAAACACAUGAUAUUUUAAGUCAGCAAAGAUUUGAUAAUAAUCAACUGGACGUUUAUGAUCAAAAGUUUGCGACACCAAAAUGGAAUUAUACUUGGUAUAUUCCUCUUUGGUAUAAAAAUGAUGUCGGAGACAAGGAACGAUUGAUAUGGUUGAAACCAGGAGAAUUGAAAUUAAUUGAAGUUAACCAAACUACAACAAUCACAAACCCACUAUGUAGAUUUAAUGUAACUGGCUCGAAUAUCGAAUCACUAGUGAUAAAUUAA